AUGGCUCGAGUAACCUUUGGCGGUAGAGAUGCCACGGGCUUUCCACUCUAUUUCAACCCUAAUAUCUUUUUCACAUCUGACCCAUCUGAUCCUACUCCUGCUAUUCCAACUCGAGAUGUGCCUGUCUACAUCUUUGCCUCGGUAACUAACAUUGGGAAAGAGACCACCAACGGGGCUUCCGUCAAAUUCUGGAUCUGCAGUCCCUCCACAGUCCCUGUAACUGAAACUCCGGCCCCAUUUGCAGUCAGUAACGUCUCCCUUAGCCCUGGAGAAACGAAAGAGGUGCUCUGUGUUCGACCCUGGAUUCCUGAAUGGACCAACAACGGUCAUGUUUGCAUCGUUUGCGAGGUUUCGGACCUAUAUGAUCCUGCGCCUGCGCAUCCUCCUACGAGAUGGGAUGUGAAUGAUCGUCACGUGGCACAGCAUAAUGUGAACGUACGAUUCAACGAAGCUAGGAGGUUCGGUAUUCUGAGCUCCAUGUCUGCCUUCGCUUUGCCGACGAAGGCGAACAUCAAGGUUUCGAUUCGUCAAGCCCCGAAGGACACGUUCAAGCCUGCGAUGGCGAAGUUUGGACUGAAGGGAAGAAAGAACGUGAGUGAUUCGACGCAGGCAGGUCUACUGGACCGUUUCGAGCCUGGAGAUACACUGCCCAAGGAAGCCCCCCACGAUGUGGAGUGGAAAGACUCCAAACCUGGACUACAAAGACCUUUCCAUGCCUUCCUCAAAUUGCCAGAAGAUCACGGGGAAAAUAGUGCAGCAAUCUACUUUGUCGAACAGCAUGACGACAAAGGAAAGCUCGUCGGAGGUGUAGCGGUCAUCCUCCUCGGUGGCAAGCAGCCUGAUGUUCCACGAAUUCAACCAGCAGUUCCUGCAAUCCCCGUUGCUAUGCCUUAUCGCCCCUACGCCACGGAUCCAGGAAGCGGCAUCAUGUUACCAGAUGGGCUAUUCGUUUCAAUCCUCGGCCAGCAGUAUAUUAAUGUCGAGACUCGAAACAACGGUGGUGCCAUACUCGACGGUCUUUCACUCUAUAUCGAGGGAGUCGCAGAUCCGGCUAUAUCGGCGCCCAUUCGAAUCACAUCUCCUCUUGGAGGUCGUGCUCUUGGCGGAGCAUCCUUCAAGUCAAUCUUCUCUGCUGAUUUCACUAAUGCAACGCCAGGAGCAACCAGAGUUUCCUUCAUUGUACAGCAGAGAUCAGGUACAACUACUACCAGCGUUCGAGUUCUGAAAAAGAUCUUCGUCGUCGGUGUUGGGCUUGACAAAGCGACCAAGACGUGGCAGAUCAAAGUACCUGAAGGGACGUUGCACUACCAUGCGAGAACGGUAAUUGCACCCAAGGAUUUCGACAAGAUGGGCUCCACAAGUCCAGGGUGCAAGUGUCCGGACUCUGGUGAAGACAAGGAAAUCACCCCGAUUCCAAUUUUCCCUCUCUCAGGCACACUGUUUUGGGUCCCUUCCACACCUUAUGCUGGCACUCACGGACCCCUUCCUUUCGAAGAUCCUGUUAACAAAGUCCUAGCAGGUAUCGUUGCUGGCAUUAUAACCUUGAUUACUCUCAUUGCGUGGCUCAAGAAAUUGUUUGAUGACGAUGACGACGAAGGUGGUGCUGAUGGAUCAUCGGGUGGCGGUGGAGGGGACAGCACGAUCGGUGGAGGAGUCAGCGGCACGUUUGACGAAACCACGGGUGAGAUCACUUGCUGCACAGGCGUUCAAGUCAUUACUGAUAACAAAUUCCUGGGAGCUAUCACAACGCUUGCGAUCGCAGCUUGGGUUUUUACCUUUAUGCAGGAUGGGAAGGACUUGCAUGAGUAUGGGAGGGAUAACACGACGCCAGCCGUGGGAGAGCUGACGAUUGGGGAGUUGGUGGAGUUCGAUAUCGUUCCCACUGAUAAGGCGUCUCCUGGGGUAGCUUGGGGUGGAGAUAUCAAAUGGAAAUAUGAGAGGGCCUUGAACAGCGGCCGCACUUUAACCUACGGCACGACAACCCACUCCGAAAACACUCAUCUCCUCAAAUCCUACCGCGUCAGCAUUGAUGGGAAAAUCUCGCCAGACAAGCAUUAUAUACACAUGCGCAAGAAACCUCUCGUUAUAGGGGCUCAAUUCGUCAGGCUCGACGGGAGUCUCUUCAAGGGGUCGGACCUCUACGUAUUUGCUUGGUUGUGGUCCAACCGCGGGCAGAAAAUCAGCGUUGAGUUGAGAGAUGACGGAUACGGCCAACUAGCAGGAUUUGAUGAGGACGGCGCCUCCUUAUCUGCUGAAGAAGGAAGAGACAUUCUCGAGAGAGUCGCUCCGGGCGGUAUGCUGCUUAGAAGCAAGGCAACUAAAACCGUUAGGGAUUGGGAGAGGGGAGUCAUUCCAGUUGACAAGAUCGGAGGACUGCGUGCUAUUGCCGAUGAAGAGGCAAUUCCAAACACAGGAUCAUACGUCGCCGUCGCCAAUUCCGUGGAACAGUACUCGGGCCCGACGACAUGGUAUGUUUUUGUUCUUGCUCAGGACGUCAAUACUGUGGCUGAAGGGAUGGAGCCAAGAGAGGCUGCGAAGACUGUUGGGGGAUUUCUGUUGACUACUGGAUAUAAGUUAAAGUGGGAUGGGAGUCCAUGCGAGAUGGACUAUGAUGCUGUCGUUGAGGUUUUUUGA